CAUGAAAGAAGCAUCUCUGAAGAAAUUUUGUAGAGCACAAAAGGGGAUUUAUGGAGUCUAACAACUAUUCUAAGUUUAAUUAAACUAUGACGCCACAAAAUUCCCACCCAGAAGAAUACAGGAUUGCAUCACUGGUCUUCUACAGCUUUGUGUUCACAGUGGGAUUGUUGGUGAAUGCCACGGCACUAUGGGUGUUCAGCUGCACAACCAAGAAGAGAACAACUAUAACUGUAUAUAUGAUGAAUGUCGCAUUACUUGACCUGGUUUUUAUAUUUUCCUUGCCUUUUCGGAUAAUCUAUCAUGGGACAGAAAAGUGGCCUUUUGGAGAUACAUUCUGCCGGAUCCUUGGGGCUUUCACUGUGUUUUAUCCAGCCAUUGCUCUGUGGCUGCUGACUUUUAUCAGUGUAGACAGAUUUAUGGCUAUUGUUCAGCCCAAACAUGUCAAAGAACUAAAAAAUACAAAAAAAGCUGUGCUAGCUUGCACUGGAAUCUGGAUAAUGACCCUCUCAACAACAUCCCCAUUGGUGUUUUUACGAUCUGAUCCAGACCAAGCCUCAAAUUUCACUACCUGCAUGAAAAUGCUUGAUAUCAUCCAUUUAAAGGAAGUAAAUACAUUGAAUUUUUGUCGCUUGAUUUUUUUCUUUUUGAUCCCCUUGUUUAUCAUGAUAGGGUGUUACCUAGUCAUUAUUUAUAAUUUUAUUCAUGGCAAGACUUCCAAACUGAAGCCUAAGGCCAAGGAGAGAUCCAUAAGAAUUAUAGUUACUCUGAUCGCUCAGGUACUCAUCUGCUUUGUACCCUUCCACAUCUGCUUUGCCUUCCUGAUGCUGCAAGAUGAAAACACAAGUUACAAUCCCUGGGCAGCCUUUACCACCUUCCUCAUGAAUCUCAGUACGUGCUUGGAUGUUAUACUGUACUACAUUGUUUCCAAACAAUUCCAGGCAAGAGUCAUCAGCGUAAUCCUGUAUCGCAAUUACCUUCGAAGCAUGCGCAGGAAAAGUUUUCGAACUGGAAGUAUGAGAUCACUCAAUAAUAUGAACAGUGAAAUGAUAUAAAAAGAGAAAAAAUGUCAGGGGACUUUGACAAUGUAAACAAGGGAUUCUUUUUCCAAAUUCUAGCACUGGGCUACACAGAAGGAUGUUCUAUAACCAAAGAUAGCAGAUAUAUAUGUUGCAUUGUAAAUACAAUGGAAGCAGAAUAAUAAUUGCGCUUCUUUUUAUUUGUUCAACAUCUUUUGCCGUUUCACCUGAAAUGAACUAAACCUAGCAUCAGUGUUAAACUUUCCAAUGCUUUUAUCACCUCAAAUGUCUGUGAAUAUUGUCAGAUGUGAA